UGUCCAGGCUUAUUACCGGGAAACAAAAAGGAAAUGGCAUUUUUCUUAAACUGAAAAUGUGUGUGAUGGAGUUCUAGUGGUUUUAAUACAUUAGGAUGAGAAGCAGCUUGGUAAAAUGUGAAAAUAAUAUAGCUGCUUUCACAUACUUAAGAACCGAGUUCAUGUGGACUACUAACGCAGUGCUGAUAACUACAUGGGUCCUCAUUAAAUAUAGUUUAAUUUCCCACGUACCUAGAAACGGAAUUCAUUUGAAGAGCCGGUCAUGCUUGUAGUUCUCACUCCGGGCCAGUAGGUGGCGGUAAUGUGCGUCCAACGCAUUACCGACGCGGUAAAAGAACAAGAGGAAAUCAAGGGAAACACCGUGGAAAGAGCGCUCAUUCCGCUGCUCGGAAAACGAUGCGACUUCGCCUUCCACACGAAAACGUCUGUAAACUUCGCUUUUAGCAUGUAGUCACGUGGAGCCUUUUACAUGACAACGCCGACAAUAGCGCGCGUCUGUGACACCACGUCGCCUGGUGUGGAGAAAUGACCAUAAUCCUGCGGUUGGAAGGCCUCGACGCGAAGGCAGGUACUGAAGAUAUACGGACGUUCUUUGCAGGCCUUCACAUCCCUGACGGUGGUGUGUACAUAGUAGGAGGAAGUCUCAGCGAGGCCUUUAUCGCAUUCACCGUUUACAGAGAUGCCCAGCUUGCAAUGCGCUACACGGAGAAAUUCCUCAAAGGCUCUAAAGUGACUCUACACAUAAGCAGCAUGGCAGAGCUGGAGCAAAGGCUAAAGUCAUCGUUGAAGAGGAAGAAACCCUCCCCCGUGCAGCCCGCUGUGAAGAGCCCUCCGUUGACUACAGAUGCAAAUGUGCUACCCUUGAAUGCACAUCCUCUUCAACCAACCGCCAAUUCGCUGCUUCCUCUCAAUCUAGAUAUUGCAAAUCUACCACUCUUGAAAGCGCACUCAAUCGACUCCAACACGGCCUUUCUUUUUGGGAUUUGCACCGCCCUUCAAGGUCUCCAUUCAACCCCCGUAAGUGAAAGCAGUGCUGCAGCGCCAAGAGGAGACUUUCCCAAGGCCGACGGUACGGUCACGUGUGAUGAAAUGAAACAAAAGCCAACUCCGGACUCGAGUCCGGGCUACGUCAGGCUCUUCGGGCUGCCAGGCGCCACUACAAAAGACGACAUCUGCCAGUUUUUCAAGGGGCUGACAGUACAGGAAGCCAUCGUGAAUGUAGAGUUGGGACGUAGCCACGUUUGCCUCGCUAAGUUUGCAAACGCGCAAGACGCGUGCAACGCUCUCCUCUUCAACCAACACUCACUGGGCCCCAUCUGUGUGGAGGUACGCGGGGCAACUGAGAAGAUGUGGACCAGCGCGAUGCAAGAAUGCCAAAGCGCGCUUGAGGUCGGGGGAGCGACACCGAAGCAAAGCCCUCCUGUUACCCGCAGACCAGAAACCACUUCUGCACCAGAGCUCAAGAGGAGAGCUGUCGACCAAUUGCCAUCUAAAUCACCCAAAAAGCCAAAAUCUACUCCAACUAUGGAGUAUGUUGUCAUGGUCACCAAUUUACCCGAAAUUAUGACAAAGACUGAGAUCAAAGAAUUGUUUGGAUGUCCCAACAUUGCUCACAAAAAUGUACAACAUCUGCUCGACAAGGAAGGCAACAGAACAGACAUCGCUUUUCUUAUUUUUAACCGUACUGAGGACUACGAGUAUGCAAUAAACCUCAACGGCUGCCACGUCAGCUCCAAUGCCAUCCAGGUCUCGUCAAUCGGUAAAAAAACAAUGUGGGAAAUGGUUGCAAAAACUCGUCCGAGAAAACAAAAUAACACCGGCUCAAAGAACGAACCAAAUGGAGCGAGUGGAUCAAAUCUGUGGGAGGAACCAGCAGAGAAGCAGAUCACUGACCCGGCCGCUAAGACAUGCCUGUUGGUCAGAAACAUGCCCGCAGAUGUAAAGAAACGCCAUAUUCAAAGACUUUUUGGAGACUACAAAGUGAGGGAGGAGAAUAUCAUCUCACUACGUGACAGAGAUGGCAACAGUAUUGGUGAGGCUGUGGUUCAAUUUCAAUCUCAGAAGUUUGCUGCACUGGCCCAAAAGCUUCACGGUCAGAACUUCCUUGGGACCAAAGUGCUUCUCACUCUCAUAAAUGGGACUCAGGUGGAGAACAUCCUGACCAGAAGUGUAUCGGGAAGUUAAGUAUUAAUCUCAAAUCCAGACCCUGGCCAAAGACUGAUUAGGAUUAUUCCGUAAUUUUAUUUUUUUGUUCUUUUGAGGUGCUCUGAGCAUUUCUUCACAAUCCUGUUCGUUCCAGUUUGUGAACUAAAAUACAAAAAAUAAAUGGUUUUGUCGCUCUAUUAA